AUGGGUGUGAAAUCGGUUUCUCGAGAAUCUUCGGACCGGAAAAGCUGGGACAAAAUCUUCAAUAAUUUGGUCAGAAUUCUACAGACGAAACAUGAAGAGAUCCAAUCGCUUCUAGAAGACAGGAAGAGUAUCGAAGAUAAGCUCAAGACCAAACACGAAAACUGGAUCUUUGAUGUUCGGAACUACGAGGAACAACUCUCUCUCAUGAAGAGCGAAAUUGAAGCGAUGGAGAUGAUACAGUUCGCUGAAACAUCUAAAUCCAAUCUCUUGUAUGUAGCAAAAGAAAAGGAUCGUUCUAUAUGCAAUUUGAAAUUAGAAAAAGCGUUGGAUGAGUUAAAAGACUUCAAGGCUUGGAUUGAUUUUCUCACUCUGAACACAAGUAAAGUAAACGAUGACUCAGAAGCUGCAGAAUCAUUAGAAGUAAAAAUCAGGAAGCUGAAGCUUGAGUAUGAGAAGCUUGCUUCUGAGAAGAAGUGUGAAGUAUCUGAUCUUGUAGGAGAAAAAGGGUUUGCUUGGAGUCAGUUCAAGUGUAUCGAAAGUGGGUUUACUGAUAAGUUAAAGAGGAAAGAUGAGGAGAUUGUUCAAGCAAACAAGAAGAUAGCGAGUCUUGUGUCUUAUCAAGAGAAGCUUCAGUUGUCUAGUUGUGAGAAGGAUGAGAUUAUCUCAAGCUUGAAGGCUAAGGUUACUGAAAUGGAAGGUGAGUUUAGUAAGAAAGAUGAGGAGAUUGAGAAACUGUCAAGGGAACUAGAGUCUUUGAAGAAGUCUCGUAGCUUUACACCGGUUUUAACACGAUGCACAACACGUGAUAAAGGCAGCAAUGGUGGUAAUAUGGGAUCUCAGGUGAGUACAAAGAAGGGGAAGUCUGCUUCACCACCAAAUGAUAAGGAAAUUAGAAGCUCGAAGAGGAAAAGAGUGAACAAGGCGACAGAAGUCACAGUUUCAGAAACUCCAAAGCUGUUCACUUCAACAUUUAGACUUCCCAAGUUAAAGUCUCCAUCAUCUGGAGCCAUAUAAGAUUUUAUCUUCUAUUAGAUUUAGGGUUAGAGAAAUAUGCAAUCUCUGUAUUUAGGAUCAUCCCACUGAUGUAAUUAGCUUACUACCCCCAGCAUAAUUCGGUUUAUUUUGUUAGGAACCUUGCAUUGCAUCUAACAGCUUUUAUAUAUUUCUUUUGCUGUAUUAUUUGUCUUGAAACAUAAAGAUUAUAAGCAGUGCAAUGUAAGAAAGAUUUAAGAGGCUUUGAAGAGCAGCUUUAACGAUUUGAUUUU